AUGGGCGUGGAGAACGACGACGCUGAACCCCCAUCGACCGAUCAUUGCUGGCAGCUUCAGCGGCUACGAGCACUGGAUUUUGAGCUCAUCACGGUGCCCUGCGUGACCGGCACAAGAGAUGGCGCUAAUCCGGACGUCAGUCCCUUCUUCCUUCCAGAGUCACGCCAGCUCCUUAUCUCGAGUAUGACCACGUCUGUUGGAGCUAAAGUGCUGGCCGAGGUCUACCGCUUGCACCACAUUCCCCUGCCGCCCAUCACACUCCAGGAGCUGCUGAAGCGCGGGCCAGGAGCCAGUCCCGCCAUCGCAGCGACCCUCCAGAACGAUCCACAAGCGCUGAACAAGUGGCGGGAAGUGAACGCACCAGCUAUUGUCACAUCGGCGCAGCUGCUGCACCGCGAAGUGCCGAUCCGUAUUUCUCGCCGCAUUGUGGACCUUGAGAAUUUGCCAGACGAGCUGCCGCAAGCGAAACCCAUUGUGUCUCUGCGUGAACAGCUUUUGAGUAGCUUUGACCAGCUUAUGAGCUGCCCGCUGCCUGCCAACCUCGCGGGCGAGAGGGACUUUAUGGAGCUUCAUCGGAAGAUCAGGAAGGAGCAUGCCACGAUGCAUGGCAAUAUCGCCGAGGCCGUCCAGGCGCUCAAGUACGAGCCCCAAGGUCUGAGCGAGUCACUGGAUCACUUCUAUAACUCGCGCAUUGGCAUCCGGAUGCUCGUGGACCAGCAUUUGGCAGCACAGACACCGAAGCCAGGGUUUACGGGUAUUGUCCACAAUGAGUGCUCUCCCAUGGCAAUUGCUCAGGAGAUUGCGCUCAAAGUGCGUCCAAUGUGGCAAGAGAGUCUCGAUGGCGAGCAGUUGCCCGCGAUCAUUGUGAGUGGCGACGAGCAGGCCACGUAUCGCUACGUUUCGGAGCACGUUGAGAUUAUUUUGACUGAGGUGCUGAAAAACGCGGUAUUGAACAGUGUUGCAGCGGCUAAGCGGGCGGGUAUCGGCUCCCCGCCGCCGGUCAAUGUGCUCGUUUCGGGCGGACUACACGGCAUGUGCGUCAAGGUGUCCGACUUGGGUGGCGGCAUGACCCGCAAGGAAGCCAAUGCGUUGUCGAAUUAUUACCGAACAGCGACGGACCCGUCAUGUGACGGGUAUGACCCUGUAGCAGAGGCACUAGAACGACGUGCUAUGGGACUGGAUUUUUCGGACUCGUUUGGCCUGCGUAUCGCUCAGCUGUACGCUAGAUACUUCGGUGGAGAGCUGGCUAUUAUGCCCAUGGAGGGACACGGAGUGGAAACGUAUAUCUACAUGAAAUGCCUCACCGGCGACUCUGAGCUCAAGUAA